AUGACUCCUGAAAUCUUCGACGCAACCUCAGCGGUCACCGUCAUCGGCGCAGGACCCUGUGGAUGUGCCUUUGCGGCAGACCUGGCUAGCCGCGGAAAAUCCGUCAUGCUGUACGGCCACCCGGACCAUCGUGGUGCAAUCCCGAUGAUCGAGAAGAAUGGUGGCUGGCUAAACGCAGAUGGGGACGACGUCAGUGGAAGAUUCCAGAUCAAGACCACCAGCGAUCUGUACCUGGCCAUUCGACACUCCCCGUUCCUCGUGUCCACCGUGCCCUCGUACGGCCAGGACACCAUCCUACAGACACUGAGCCAAUUCAACCUGCGAAACCACACCCUCAUCAUCAACGUGGGUAACUUUUUCUACCUUGCUGCCCGCCAGAAAGCCAACUUCCAUGCCAUCCUCGAGACCGACAUCUCCCCUUACGCCGUUCGCAUCACGGGCGAGACGGUCUUCGUCAAGGGUGUCAAGAAGAGCUUGACCAUCUGGGCCGAACCACCCACGACGCAGGCCAGGCGUCAUAACCAACAGGCGGAACUCACCCUCCGCCGACAAGUCGAGUCGAUCUUCUCGCAGCGCCUGGUGUGGUGCCAGAACCUCCUCCAAGUGGGCUUGAACAACAUCAACCCGGUCGUGCACUGCCCGGCGGCGCUCAUGAACGCGGGCUGGAUUGAGGCCACCAAGGGCGACUUCUUUUUCUACGCCCAGGGCAUGUCACCCUCUGUCUCGAAGGUGUCUGAGAAAGCGGACCAGGAGCGACUGGCGAUUGGCCGCGCCUACGGUUUCGAUCUUGUCGACAUCACGACAUACAUGAACAAAAACUACCAGCAUGACCGAGAAUUCCACGACUACCAUGAUUUCGCCGCAGGGUCCGUGAUCCACAACAAGACCAAGAGUUCCCCAGCGACCUUGAAGCAUCGCUAUCUGCUCGAGGACAUCCUCUUCGGGAUGGUCCCCUGGUACGAGCUCGGUCUGAAGUGUGGUCUGGCUUCGCCAACUAUCCGGGCACUCAUCGAGAUGGCCUCGGUCGUCAGCGGCUUCGACUACUUCGAACACGGGAGGACUCUGAAGGCUGCUGGACUGGCUGAAGCCUCCAAGGAACAGAUUCUGAUGGCCUUGGGAGGAUCCUUGGACAACACCACCAACGUCUACGCUCCGCUUUCAGACUCGCUUGUCAACGCUAGUGUCAACACAUUGGAGUCGCAUGCUCCACUGCAGAAGCCUCAAGUCGCUGUGUGA